GGAUCUGUGCGCACUGCCCUUUAAGAUACGUCUGUCAUUUCGCCGUUAAUGGAAUUCAUUCUGGCUGUUUUCUGCGGUGUGAGAGAUCUGUUCCAGCUGGCCCGUCGAGGAGAGAGCGAAAAAAAAAAAAAAAAAAACAGUGGUGCAUUUUGUGUCGGCCGAAAAACCCAGGAAGGAAGGGGAGAGGAUAGGCUCCGCCGAGGGAGACGGAAAUGAGAGGGGGGGAGUCCGAAGAGGAAACUCUAUCCCUUUAAGAGCAAGUGGGACAUAGCGGUGCGAGAAAAGGAGAGGAGGGGGAGAAGAAAGAGGAAUUAAAAAAGAAAAGGAAGAAAGAGACAGGGAGGGAGGAGGGAGAGCGGGCGAUAAAAAAAGAAAGAUGACAUCCUCGCAGCUGAACGGCCGAGGUGGAGCGAUAGGCUGCGGCCCGGCGAGAGCGCCGCUCGCCGGGGUCAGGGCUUGAAUCCAACAACGAGGCUUCGACAAACACCCGAUUGGCCUAUCGGGGGAAAUCGGAAAAAUAGAUUCAUAAAUUAAAAACAAAGCAUGACCUGCUGUGCUACCAGAUACGUUUGUUACAACCCAUAUUUGUUCUGUAGCGUAAAAAAUGCAUUUAUUUUCACGUAGAGUGGUUUAUGUUUAUAGCUAAAGUCUAAUAGUGUAAUAUGCGUUUUUGUUGGUUUUUUGGAGGCAGUUUUGUUGUGAUUUUGGCGUUUGAGUGAGACUAGUGGUGAAUUAAUUAAACUUAGAAACCAAAGAGAAAGAGAAAUAGGCCAUUAUUGGAGCCGGCCUGUUCCACUCCUGCCUGUGUACUGCAGCCUGCGUGGGUCAACAGCUGCGUGCAUUUUAAUUGACAGCAGCUACCUCAAUGAGACUACACAUAUUUUUGCAAACGAUUUUAUUCACGUUUUUCACGAGAGCCCAGGAACCCGUCGUUUCUGCUGCAAGACAGACGACUGUUAGGUCAUCGGAGGGUCGAUCAAAACCAUGCGAAGACUGCUCUCCUCGAUCUCAAUCAGGAGCUGACUUUAUAAUCUCCAUCGCUGUGGCGCAAAAUGGAUGCUGCUUGGAGCAAUUUUCUCUUCCAGAAUACUCCCACCCAAAACCAAGUGGAUGGGAGCCUCCAAUCAGAACUCAUGACAGUGCAUACGAGUUCUCCCCAAACCCCACCCACAGAGCACAUAGCACAGCCUCCUUCAACUGUGGAUACUGCUGCUCUCAGUGAGGAACCCAUGCCUGUGAAGCCAGUGUCUCGGCCAGCCCGCGUGCCCCACAUCUGUGCCAUCUGCAACAAGCAGUUCAAGAACAACUACAACUUGCGGCGGCACCAGUCGGUCCACACUGGGGUACGCAUGAAGGACAGGGCCAGAGAGCAGGCGGAGGGGGCAAAGGAGGGAGCGGUCGGCCAGGUGGCGGCCGCAGUGGCAGCCCCGUCGGCGAUGGCGGUGGGGGCUGGAGGGAGGGUGGAGAGGACCACGGUGCCCCUGUCCCUGCUGCACCUCUCCGCACCUCCCCCUCUCGCCCCUCCCGGCGUGCUGGCGGGGGCCCAGCAUCCCCCCCUGGUUAGUCAGGAUGGUGAAGGGGUUGCCAUGCCAAACGUUAUGGCUAGUGUUAACCCCCAUGCUCCGCCUCCUGCUGCUGUCGUCAUGGCCACAGGGGCGACAGUACAGCGGCCUGCAAAUUCCAACCCGAAUCCAGUGAGGAAGAACCAUGCCUGUGAAACAUGUGGGAAGGCGUUCCGUGACGUCUACCAUCUCAACCGGCACCGCCUGUCCCACUCGGAUGAGAAGCCGUUCUCCUGUCCCAUCUGCCAGCAGCGGUUUAAGAGGAAGGACCGCAUGAGCCACCAUGUGCGCUCACAUCAGGGCGGUGUGGAAAAACCCUACGUCUGCCCCCACUGCGGCAAGGCUUUCUCCAGGCCUGAUCACCUCAACAGUCAUGUCAGACAGGUGCACUCCUCAGAGCGACCCUUCAAAUGCCCGACCUGCGAAUCCAGCUUUGCCACAAAAGACCGCUUGCGUGCGCAUAUGAUUCGACAUGAAGAGAAGGUGCCCUGUCACAUCUGUGGAAAGCUCCUGUCUGCUGCUUACAUCACAGAUCACAUGAGGGUGCACAACCAGUCACAGCACCACGCCUGCCAUCUGUGUAACCGCAGCUUCACCACACUGACAUACCUUCGUGUCCACGCUCAGAAGCAUCAUGGUCAGGAAUGGAAGGACAGCCCAGGUGGCUUUGGUGGAACAACGUCUGGCGGCGUACUCGUCUGCCACUUGUGCGGCGUCCACUGCAAGACCCCCACCCAGCUCCAAGGGCACAUGGGCACGCACAGCAACAACCAGGCUUCCCCGAAUCCUGUCACUUCUAGCGUGGCUUCCAGCAGCUCUGUCUCCCUUAGCAACAUGGUGACAGCGCCCACUGUUUAUGUCACUGGUAACACGGUGGUGGACCUGCUGGUUACAGACUGCUCUAGCAUUGCAGCCCCGCAGCCCCACAGUUAGCAGCAGAGAGCGCAGCAAUAAUAACCUCAGUCCCUUAACAGAGGGCAAGGUUAGAGAAGGUUGAAAUUACUCGUAGAUGCUGAUCCGGUUUCAGUUUUGUAAUGUCACCACUUAAUAGGUAAGGUUGGGAUUAAGAGUGGGGGAGAUUAACAGCAGUCAUGGCUCAAGGGCAGUAUCACCUCAGAGCUGCAGAGCUGAAGCAUUAGAAAAAAGGAGAAAAGUGAACAUCUGUAUUAAUAGAUUAGUGCAGCCAGGUUGCCCUUGGUGACAUCCAAGUCAUUGAUACAGAGACCUUUUUGUCACUGUAGAAGGUUCAUUGACACUAACGACAACUUGGAUGUGUCAUUUCAAUACCCCCGAAUGCUCCCACACAUUUGAGACUGUGAUAAAACUGUGGUAUUGUGAGCAUCUACUGUAUUCCUCUCCCCUCUCUGCCUUCUCUCUCUUUCCCUCCUCUCAACCUUGGCAUUGGCUGCUCUCUGCAAGUGCACCAAGUACUGUAUAUCUCACACCAGCUCUGAUCUUACCUCCAUUUUGCAGCUCACUUACUAAGAAUCCAAAUCGCUUGUGUAGUAGAGGGGAGAUUGGUUCACAGAAAAUGUAACAAAUGGGUAAAGCUUAAAAAAAAAAAAAAAAAAAAAGAAUCUUAAGAAGUUGCGUUUCGGAUGUGUGCAAGCCGGGGCUCCUCUAGCAUGCAAGUCUGUUUAUUCACAAAACUAAACUCAUGCUAAUGCUAGUUUAUCAAGUCUCUAGAGGGCUGUUUCUAGAUCAGGACAGAAGACCAUAUGUGAUGUGGUCAGUGUGGAUUUGUGGGAUGUACUUGUUCAUUUAUUUCAUAAUGGUACAGAGAUAGAGUUGCGUUCAGGAGUGUCAAGCACCUUAAAAGUUGUUAUUGUUUGAUUCAUUGAGGAUGAAAAUGGAAAUCAAAAUGGGUCUUGGAUUUUCUUGCUCUUGAGUCUUCCUCUCUGGGUCUGGCCGUGAAAAAGAAAAAAAAAAAAAAAAACAUUUCCGCUAAUCAACACCUCAGCUUCUGACAUGGCAGUUCUUGCACCUGAAAACUACCUUUUGCAUGAAAACAAGCUAGCUCAGUCAUGCUAAUUAUUAGAAAGCUGUCAUGACAAAAUAAACUUAGUUGGCUGUAAACAGUAACAAUUAUGAAAGUGUUGAUUUUAUUCAAAAGAAAAAAGGUUUUAACAUUGUCGGCUGUUCAUUUGAUUGUACCCGUCGUUGCCAUAGUCCUUUGUUUUCUCAACGUACCAGUCCAAUGAGUGAAACUUAUGCAUUAGAUUUAGUCAUUUUACACUCUGUAUAGCACAUCAUGUUCUGAACUCAACUCAUUAUCGUUCUACAUUAAUCGUGUGAAGAAUGGUCGUGUGUUUGUUGGAUAUUUUUGGUUGCUUUGAGUUCUAUUGUGAGUGACGUGGUGUCGAGAAAGGGCUUAUUGUCAUAAGUCAGGAAAAUACGUACAGUGGCAGUUCUGAGUUUGUUCAACACCACUAAGUAUGCUGUAAACAAAUCCUGGUUUUGUACUGGAGUGAUUUUUUUUUUUUUUUUUUUUUUCCAGUUUUGUGUUAAUACGUUACCUUGAAAUUUGUAGAGUUGUUUCUUUCCUCCUUCAUUUGCUUUGGAAAUCCUUCCUGUUGAGAAAAGUAGUGAUUUGUUUAAAAAGUUAAUUUUAGGUUUUCUCCAUUACACUAAGAAAAAAAUAAUACCUCUACUAUAGGAUUCUGUACAGCUCUUGUGAUACAUCUUAAUGCCUUAUCGUACUCAACUGCAUUUUAAUUCGUUUAUGAUGAAAUAUUUCAAAUCUUAGUCAUGGAUUCAUUAAGAAUAUUAAUGGGAUGUAUUUAUAUUUAUAUUUUUAUAUUUCUCAACAGUAUGCAUGUCUAAAAGGUUGUUAGAGCAAAAAAAAAUCAAUGAUGCUUACUACAGUCAUAAAUAUGUUAUUUUGUAGAUGAAGUAGAGAUCAUGUUAUUAUUUUGUAAUUUGGACAAUUUAAAGUAAAAUGAGUAAAUGGGCA